AUGCACAAAAGAGUCCAUCCUCACCAAGGGAAGCGAAUUUCUAAGAAUGAAAUUCGACAGAUUGAAUUUGAUGACGGAAAUGAAGAACGCAUUCGACACGUAUCAAAAUCAUCAGUAUCUUUCCACAUACAGGUGGAAGAACAAAGAUCGAAAUCAACAUCAUUCUUCAAACCAAAAUGGAUGAGGUCAUCCGACGAGGGCCAGAAAGUAUCCCGAAUGGUUAAGAUCAAACGAUGGCUGCUUAAGUCCACCCUUCCAAAGCAUCACAAGAAAAAGUCAAACAUAAUUCUAAAAGAACAACUGAAUGCUAUUGACUAUGAUGGGGUUGAUAAUCCAGGAUUCGUAAAUGACGAAAUCGAAGAGGAGGAAGUUGAACCUUGUGUUUUUCAAUUAAGCAAGUUUCUAUAUACGGAAAAUAUAUGUCCAGAAUCACAAAUUAAUGAUAUGCCUCUCAUAGAACUUAAAACUGUUGAUUUGAUUGAGAAUGAUACAUCAAUUGGACAGACAUCGGAUGGAAACUUUCCGCAUCUCGGAGCUGUCUGUCCUGUACAAGAUAUUUGUCCCUGGACAGGGAAUGCAAACACAGUGCAGCUACAAAUGUUCAGUAUGGUAAUACCGAAUUUAACAAGGUCUGUUUUGCCGAUGUUGGAUAUCAACCAGUGUUCUGGAUUUUCUGGUAUAUACAACGACAGGGAAAACGAAAAUAAUUAUGUCACAAAUCACAUCCAACAUAUUGUAGUUAUCAAGUCUACAACACAGCGACUCAUUCGGCAAGAGAAAAGGAAUCACGUGCUAAGGAGAAGACUAAUGGAGAUGACGACAACCUUGGUAAAGCAGUCCAAGACGAUCAACAGACAGAAUAAAUGCAUAGACAUGUUAAGCGACAAAGUAUCUUGUCUCACGAGCAAAUUGAAGAAAAAUAAGGAAAAGCGUGCUGUUGUAAACCAACAUAUUCACGUGGAGAACGUAGAAUCAUUUGAAAUGUCUCUUGGUAGAAAUAAUUAA